GUUAUCUAUGAAAAAGGCACGACCCUUGCAUUGACACUUACUUAUCCAGUGUACAAUUAGAUCAUGAAUAUGAAUAUUUCAGUCUUUUUUUUGUUUGUCAUAUUUCUCGGUAGGACACAGGCACAUGGGGAGAAAAGGAUAUUGCUGAAUGAUCCAGAUCUCAUCCACAGUCAGAUCCAGGCCCUGGAGAGCAAAUACCAGGAUAUAUUGACCAAAUAUGCCGAUCUAUCCACGAAAUACACGGACGUAUCUACCAAAUAUGGCGACUUAUCCACGAAAUAUGCCGACCUUGCUGUAAAGUAUCAUCAUCUUUCAGAGACCACCAACGCCGGUGGUGUAUAUAUCCGAUGGGGAAGAAAAGAUUGUCCUUCUAACCAGACCGAACUUGUAUAUUCAGGAUUUGCCGGUGGUUCCUGGUUUAAUGACGAAGGUGGUGCUGCAGAAUAUGUAUGUCUUCCUCGAGAUCCUAACCUUACGACAAAAUUUUCUGGUAAUUAUGCUAAGAUGUACGGAUCGGAGUACAAUGAGUUAGCAGCACCAUUUGGUCUCCACAACGGCGACGACGUUCCUUGUUCUGUUUGUAGAAGUUCCAGAGAGACAAGUGUCUUGAUGAUACCCGGCAAGAACAGUUGUUACACUGGAUGGGCAAUGCAGUAUCAUGGGUACCUUGUAGCUGGAUACUACGGUCAUAAAGGAGCAAGCCAGUAUAUCUGUUUAGAUGAACAUCCCGAAACACUCACCGCAGGCGGCCACGAUGAGUACGGAAAAUUAUUUUACCCUGUGCGUGGUGUCUGUGGAUCACUUCCCUGCCCUCCAUACGAAAACGGCAAAUAUCUAACCUGUGUUGUUUGCACCAAAUAAAAUUACCCGUAUGAA